AUGCCUCACAAAAUAUCCAUCAAGACGGCUGAUUUUCGAAAAACGAUGGGUACACAUUUAUCACAGGAUUACAUCAAUCGAUUGAAAGAAGCGUUGAGAGCGUCGACUCGAAAACAUCUGGUUUAUGCGAAGACUUACAUGGGGCAACGGGAAAACGUGACGAAAUGUGAACAAGAGAUCUGGUCUCUAUAUCCGAAUCUUUUUCUCGCAUCAGAUGCGGACACCAACCGGCGCAAGAAUGUGGCUCGGGUGUAUAUGCAGAAAUUGUUCUCGAAUAACAGAUGGCGUUACUUGCGUGCCAGGCAGAAAAAGAUUAAAAGUGGGGCGAGAGACCCCGUCGACGUUUCGAGGAACACCCGCGGGCCAUCUACAGUCAGUAUAAGGUGCCCGUAG